AUGAGACAACCAGCCAGCGUCGAGGCAGCCUCUUCUAACUUUAAUAAUCAACGAAAUGUUGCUAAAGCGAAUACUUCCUAUCCUAAUUUGGCAGAGUCAUUGAGUGCACAUAGCGAGGAAACACCGUUGGUGCCUGUCGAUUCGACCGUCACCAAGAAGGAUCUUUUUGCAUAUUUCGUCACAAAGGACUUUUGGGUUAUUCUGUUUCUAGGACAAGUAUUGGCCAUCCUCAACACCUCUACUAGCACAUUUACUUCCCUCCUAGCUCUGGAAGGCACGUCAAUUCCUGCCUUUCAGACUUUCUUCAGCUACGCUGCUUUAAAUCUCGUCUUCACGCCGUUAACCAUAUUCAAAUACGGCUUCAACGGUUGGAUACGCAUUAUACGGCAAGAUGGUUGGAAAUAUAUCCUGUUUGCUACUUUCGACGUCGAAGGCAACUACUUUGUUAUCCUGGCUUACCGAUACACGACCAUUCUCAGUGCACAGUUGAUAAAUUUCUGGGCUAUCGCUAUAGUCGUCGCAACAUCAUUCUUUAUUCUGCAUGUUCGCUACCAUUCCAUGCAGAUAUUGGGUAUUUUGAUCUGUAUCGGCGGGAUGGGCAUCUUGAUCGGAUCUGACCACAUCACUGGCUCCAAUGGGGAGCAAGCCGUGGACGCCGUCAAAGGCGAUAUGUUUGCUUUGCUAUCAGCCACUUUCUACGGCUUCUCAAAUGUUGUCGAGGAGUACUUCGUAACAAAACGUCCCGUCUAUGAGGUCCUCGGCCAACUAGCUUUCUGGGCCACAAUCAUCAACGGCAUCCAAGCCUGUGUCUUUGACCGUUCGUCAUUUGAAACCGCGACUUGGAACGGACAGGUCGCUGGCUACCUCAUUGGAUAUACCCUGUGUCUUUCGCUCUUCUACUCAACUGCGCCUUUGAUUUAUCGUCUGGCAUCAGCCUCGUUCAUGAAUAUUUCUAUGCUGACGGGCAAUUUCUGGGGCGUGAUUAUCGGUGUGCAUGUGCUGCAUUUGCAUGUCCACUGGAUGUACCCAAUUGCUUUUGUACUGAUUAUGCUCGGACACUUUGUCUACUAUCUAGGUCGUCCUGUGCUAGGCGAGGCUCGUAAGCCGUGGCUCGGUCGGAAUCAAGAAAGAGGCAUAUCAGGCAUAUUUACGGCGAAAAGAAGGAUCGAGCAAGCGAACGCUACACGGCACGAUGAGAUAAACUACUAA